GUUGUCAUGGCAGCCGUGUUGCAUCCGUUGCUCACGACUGCGCUGCCACCGUGUACCGAGCUGACAGCAGCCGGGAUGACAUCGUGGAAAGCACGCGCGCACGCUCACACACGCACACACCGCUGCUCUAUAAAAGCCAGACACAGACACACACAUAAACACACUCAGCGACACACACGGGGACACGACCAGUUGUUGCUUAAAUCUUUGUGAACAAUGGGCGUCAUCAUCUCACGCAUCUUCUCCAGGUUCAUCUCCAAGACACCGGUCAGGAUUUUAAUGGUGGGUCUGGAUGCAGCAGGUAAAACCACUCUGCUGUACAGACUGAAGCUCGCUGAGGUCGUCACCACCAUCCCGACGCUCGGUUUUAAUGUGGAGACAGUGGAGUACAAGAACAUCAGUUUCACAGUUUGGGAUGUCGGAGGUCAGACCAUCAUCAGACCUCUGUGGAGACACUACUUUACCAACACGCAGGGUCUGAUUUUCGUGGUCGACAGCAACGACCCCGAGCGGAUCAAAGAAGCCGCCGACGAGCUUCACCGGAUGCUGGAGGAGGACGAGCUGAGGGGCGUGGCCAUACUUGUGUUCGCCAACAAGCAGGAUUUGCCCAGAGCCAUGUCCGUGAGUGACGUCACGGAGGCUCUGCGCCUAUCAGGAGUCUCGCAGCCGUGGUCGGUCCAGGCGUCCUGUGCCGUCAGCGGGACGGGUCUGGUCGAGGGUCUGGACUGGCUCUCGGACCGGAUCCUGGCGCCGUGAUCACUUCCUGUGGAGCCUGGAGAAGCCAUGUGGGCCCCCCCCGGACUCGAGGUCGGACUCCUUCACCUGCUGCUCGGUCCUCCCACCUGGCUCCUCACAGCAGGAGUUAAAUGUCAUGACGGGGGAACCGGACCCGGAGAGCUCAGUGCACGGAACAAACGUCCCCACGAUGUGUCGCUUAUGAAAUUAUCUUUAAACUUAGAUCCAUAAAACGACGCUGCGGAUUCAUUUAGAGCUUUAAAAGGGAACAAAAAUGUUUCUAUUGAGUGGGAGAAAUCUCUGGUGAUGUUUGGAACAAGCAUGUUUUCAUUAGUUUAAUCCUUAUUUUACAGCAGAUGUUUAUAUUCAGUUCAUCUGUCUGCUGAUUUUACACUUGCAAUAAAUGUAUAUAUUUAA